AUUGAUUUAUACAUACGUGUCUGUGUAUCUAUAAUAUUCCAGAAAAUUCCUCUUUUCCAUCUGGUGGGAGUCUCUUGUUAAACCCAAUCACUGUCUAAACUACCAACACUCAACCUCACAACACUUGCUUCAAUCCUAUUCUCAUUUCCCAGAUCAUAUCAAAUGGCAGUCGUUCCUUGUGGUAGUACAUGGGUGGCUCGAUGGGGAGGGCAACCUCAGUUAACUAUGAGAGCUUCUGCAAGGAGCAAUUUAUCGGUAUCUUCACAUGACUUGUCAUCAAAGAUAAAAGCACUGGCCUCUUCUGGUUCAGCAAUGUUUUCUCAUGCUCCCUUGCCAGCAUUAUAUAAUACCAGAUUAUAUAAUAAUUCCUCUCAUCAAAGGAGAGCGCGCCUUGUUGUUAGAGCUAAUAGUGAUUUUUAUUCUAUCCUUGGUGUAUCAAAAAAUGCCAACAAAUCAGAAAUUAAAAGCGCUUACAGGAAGCUUGCCAGGAAUUACCACCCCGAUGUGAACAAAGAACCUGGAGCUGAAGCAAAAUUUAAGGAGAUAAGCAAUGCUUAUGAGGUUUUAUCAGAUGACGAGAAACGUUCCAUAUAUGAUAGGUACGGGGAGGCUGGGCUUAAAGGUGCUGGGAUGGGCACAGGGGACUUCAGCAACCCCUUCGAUCUUUUUGAGUCAUUUUUCGGUGGCAUGGGUGGCAUGGGAGGAAGGGCCUCCCAAAACAGAGCAAUGGAAGGUGAGGAUCAGAUAUACAAUCUGGUUUUGAACUUUAAGGAAGCUGUAUUUGGGGUUGAAAAGGAGAUAGAAAUAACACGACUCGAGAGUUGUGGCACUUGCAAUGGGUCGGGUGCGAAACCGGGAACCAAUCCAUCAAGAUGUAGCACAUGUGGCGGGCAAGGGCAAGUAGUAUCUUCAGCUAGAACCCCGUUGGGAGUCUUCCAGCAGGUAAUGACUUGUUCUUCAUGUAAUGGGACUGGAGAGAUAUCAACUCCUUGCACCACAUGCAGCGGGGAUGGGCGGGUACGAAAGUCGAAGAGGAUAAGCCUAAAAGUUCCAGCAGGAGUGGAUGGUGGCAGUCGAUUGCGAGUCAGAUCAGAAGGUAACGCAGGAAGAAGAGGUGGACCUCCCGGAGAUCUUUUUGUGAUGAUUGACGUAAUGCCAGAUCCAGUUCUGAAACGUGAGGACACCAAUAUUGUCUACACCUGCAAGGUUUCCUACAUUGAUGCUAUCUUAGGAACCACCACGAAAGUUCCUACAGUUGACGGACCAGUAGACUUGAAGAUUCCAGCCGGGACUCAACCAGGGACAACACUGGUGAUGGCCAAAAAAGGUGUGCCCUUUUUGAACAAAACCAAUAUGAGGGGUGAUCAGCUGGUGAGAGUUCAAGUUGAGAUACCGAAAAGGUUAAGUGGCGAAGAGAGGAAGCUUAUUGAAGAACUGUCCAACCUAAACAAGGGUGAAGCUGUCAACAGCAGGAGAUAAUCGAGAGGAGCUAUUAUUCUCGUUAAUUAGGAAUAUGUUCUUGUCAGGGUUCAAGCGAUGUGGCAUUGUUGCUGUAAAAAAUCAGAUGUGGCUAUUUACGACACUCUGUGACUGUGUGUCUUGCAGGUAGUGCAAGGGAAUUUUUGAGAGAAAUAGUAUAUGUAUGCUACUUGCAUUAAAAGUGAGGAGACAAUGACAUUCCUUCACAUGAACUGUAAAUUUAAACACUUAACAUGACCAUUGGCAUGAAUAUAAAUUCCCUGGUCUUGAGACACAGGCAUUAUUGAUUUGUA